AUGUAUAGACCACCAGAAGACAUUCGGGAAUUGAGAGCGAAAGGCUUGCCAUGGGUGGUCGCGACCUGCCUGGUGGUGAUUCUUGUUCUCGUCGGGAUUCUUUUCUACUAUGUGUCAGUUGAAAAUUUGACAGAAACACUGACAGCCACACCUAGUGCAGUCUUUUUCAAUUAUCAGAUUGAUGUCCCUGAAACUGAAAGAUCUUCCGAACACGUCGAGUACGAAGCCCAGACCAGUACUGCGGUGCCGUUGGCGACUGGCAAAAUUUCGCUGGAAUGGCAGCAGUCGCCACGUAGUGCUUCCCGAACAUUUCCUCAUGCAGCUGUAUCGAGCCGUAACGAGUUUUGCGCUGAAAUUGGGAGAGAUGCGCUGAUUCGAGGUGGGAACGCUGUGGAUGCUGCAAUCGCCAUCAUCAUCUGUGAAGGAAGUCUUCGACCUCAUGCAACUGGUUUUGGUGGCGGUAUGGUAAUGCUCCUGCACGACCGGUAA